AUGUUGCGAGCAGCCACCUCCCGCCUGCUCAUUCCCCGACGGCUGUUGUCUCCGGCAGCCGCCACGGCAACACCUACUGUGUGGAACCUCCGCCAUUUCUCACUCUCGACGCCGCAGCCGCGCCCGGUGGAGGCGGAGAUCUUCACGCCGGCGGAAGCUCAGCGAAUGGUGCGGCUUGUUGGACUCGAGGUGCUCAAGAGGCGUCUGCGGAACAGGGAGGACGAGGUGGUAACAUAUCAGGAGUUCCUGGACGCGUGCGUUGAGGCCGGAGCGGCACCGACUCACAGCCGGGCGGAGGCGCUCGCGGGAGCGAUGGACCACUCGGGCACCAUUGUGCUCUUCCGGGGAAAGGUCUACCUCCAUCCUGAGAAGAUAGUAGACCUGGUUAGAAGCGCCGUGCCGCCUGUGCUCGAGAUAGAGAACGAUACGAGAAGGGAAGAGUUUGAGCUAUUGAAGAAAAAGAAAGGAGAGAUCGACCAGCAGGCGUGCAAGCAAGUGAGGCGAAUCCUCUGGUCUGGCUUCUGGUUCGUGCAAGCCACGGUCGGCCUCUGCUUCCGCUUCACAUUCUGGGAGUUCACGUGGGACGUUGUAGCGCCAAUCACCUUCUUCGUGGCCGGCGCCCACCUGCUUUCCGGCUACGCCUAUUUCCUCGUCACCUCGCGCAACCUGUCGUAUCGGACCUACAUGGAGAGGCUGUUUAAAAUAAGGAGGAGAGAGCUUUGCACGAAGCAUGAUUUUGACAUGGAAAGGUACCUGGAAAUGGAGAGGCACAUGAGGUGUCCUCUGGGAGGUGAUUAUUCUCAAGCUGCUACAAAAGCGAUCUUCGGAGAAAUCGAGCGACGGAUGCAGGACGAGGUGAUCAGCCAUGGCGAGCCCCUCGGUGCGUUGAUGGAGAGCGGCCUCAUGCCCAUGGAGGCGGAGGCACUCGUGCAGAAGAUGGACGAGAUGAGCUUGGUGCUGCUCGUCAGGGGAAAGACCUACCUCAACCACAAGAAGAUUGUGCACCUGAUCAGAAGGGCCGUGCCAUUUGCGCUCGCCGCGGAGGACGACGUGAGAAAAGACGAAUUCAGACAACUCCAGAUGAAGAUGCAAGAGAUCGACGGCAUGGCGCACAGCCACGCCGUGCGGAUUCUAUGUUUUGGCUUCGCGUCAUUCAUACUCCAGUUUGCCCUCUUCUUCCACCUUACGUUCUGGGAGUUCUCUUGGAGUAUCAUGGAGCCGCUCGCCUACUUCUUGGCCGGACUCCAGCUGAUUUUCUGCUACGGCUAUUUCCUGCAUACCGCAAGUAAUCCGACGUUGCAGGACUUCAAGCGUAGGCUGUUCUUGGCAAGGAGGAGAAAGCUAUGUGCAAAGCUUAGUUUUGAUAUGGACAGAUACCUGAAUUUGCAGAAACAUUCUAGGGUUCCUCCUGAAGGUGAUUACUGA